AUGAGCCCCCAACCGUUACUCCCUGCGGACAAAGUCCUCGCCGUUGCCGCUGCAUUGCGAACCGACGGUAAAACGCCGCACCUCACACACGGCACAGAGGACAAGCCAAUCCAGCUGGGCCAGACGCAGAUUUUUGCCGUGCGUUUCGAGGACAGCGACACUUGGGCUGUUCGCAUCCCCAUCCACCAGGAUGGCACGCUUUCGCCGAGCUUCAUCGCGGAUUUAGUCCAAGACGAGGUUGACACCCUCCUCAAGCUCAACGAAGCUGGCUUCCGCUGGGCACCCAAGCUCAUCGGCUCGGAUUCCAGCUUCGACAAUCCACUCGGCCGCCCGUACAUGGUCGUGAACUGGCUUCCGGGUGUCGCAUUGGAAUGGUCAUCCGCGCUCGCCGCCGAAAAGAGACAAAAGGUCCUUUGCCAGCUUGCCGAUAUUCAGCUAAAUUUGGCGCAAUGCACUUCUGAAUCGCGUUCAAGUGAUUUGGCCCAACGUCACCUCAUGGACAUUAUCGGCAGCAAAGUAUCACGCGUGAUGAACGGGACACUCCCUGAAGUCGACCUCCGUAGUUGCUUCGUCCUUCGAGCCUUAGUUCGGAAAGCUGUUCGCGCGGAGUCGCCGCUUUUCGCGCUGACUCACAGCAACCUGGCGGCGCACAAGAUCAUUGUAGACUCCGACUACAACAUUACAGGGGUUGUCGAUUGGAAACUCGCUCGGUUCCGGCCCCUGGAGGUAGCCUUGAAAUGGCCGCGCCUGCUCGCCGUGGGGCGUGAUGUGGCGGACUCCUCAUCGCCCAAAGACAAUACCUCCGUUGAAUCUGUUCUGCCAUAUCCUGAGCUCGCAGCCGAUCGUCAAGUCUUCUUAUCUCACUUGUCUUCUCUUGCUUCGUCGGAUUCGGCUCACUCUUCUCUCGCCGCGUCUAUGAACUCGAUCCUGACAGAUCCCGUCGUCGACUGGAAGAAUCUGAUUAUCGAUUCCUGCUUCAGCAAGGGCCUUCAUAGGUGGAUGGCUGAGCGAUCGUGGCUGAUCAAGGGUCUAGGCCAUGAUGUGGAACUCAUUGUUCAGGAUCCGGCAAAUCGGGCUGUCGACGCCGAGAUCGACAAUUUUCUCCGCAGCGAGCAUGAGGGGGCGUUUACUCGUGACGAGCUUGUUGAAAUGUGCAAGAGCAAGUGA